UGACUGUCUGGGACAAACAGGUGGCGGAGACUCAGCAACCCCAAGGGAGGGCUCUGCAGGAAGAGGAUGGAACCGCCCACGGAGGCGGAGGCGGAGGCCCGGGAGAGGAAGACCCUCUGCCCGGCAGCCCUGGCCCACCUGGCACCUCCACCUCCCCGCAGGCUGCGCACUGAUCUCCUUCCCCACUGCGAGAAGCAGAAGCAGGGUGUGGUGCUGCAGGCUGCACGCAGCAGAGCAGACCCGGCUUCUUUGGCUCUGAGACCCCAGACGGGACGCCUGCCCUCCAGGAUGAAGGUCUUCCUGCUGGUGCUGCUGAUCGCCCUCCUGGGUGUGGAGCGAGCCCACUCCCUGAUGUGCUUCUCAUGCAUCAAUCAGAACAGCAAUUGGUACUGCCUGAAGCCGACCAUCUGCUCCGACUCGGACAACUACUGCGUGACCAUGGCGGCCGCAGCGGGCAUCGGUAACGUGGUGGAUCUUGGCUACUCCCUGAACAAGGGCUGCUCCCCGAUCUGCCUGGGCCCCAAUGUCAAUCUCGGCGUGGCGUCCGUGGGCGUCCACUGCUGCCAGAGCUUCCUGUGCAACAUCAGCGCAGCCGGUGGGCUGCCCAGCGCCACCAUGCUGGGCCUCGGGCUCCUGCUCAGCCUGCUGUCGGCUCUGCUGCGGCUUGGCCCCUGACCGCUGGGACCCUGUGCCCAGCCCGGACUCCCAAAGUUCAGGAAGCAGAGCCCAGCCUUUCUCAGACCCCAAAAGGAUAUCAGAGCCUCCUCCUCCAACUCCUCACCCUGCCUGACUCCUCCCCCUCUGCCCUCAGUCCCCACAGUCACGCCUGCCCCCGCAUCUAUACCUGCCAGCUGCCCUCACUUCCGGGCAAUGAUGUCACCUUCCUCGGGAAACCUGGGAAGAGAUGAAGGUCCCCCUGGAGCCUGAGGGUCCCGGAGUCGGAACUGAGUCCCGGGGACACUGGGAGGGGCACCUAAGCCCCAGGCCCCUUCCUGUCUGCCCCAGACGGUGCGGAUGAUGUGUUUCGUGCUGCUGCCUCUCAGAAGAGGGAGCGUGCUGUGGUCGUGGGUGAGCGGGCACGCUCAGCUGUGUGGACAGGUGUGUGUGUGUGUGGCCGUGUCGGGUCAUGUUUCGGGGAGGUGGGGGAAGUGUCAGGAGUCCAGCUGUAGCAGCUGGGAGAGCUCCAACACCAGAGCCCCUUUUCUCUGGCAUUUCCGUCCCCCACACUUCACUCACUUCAAGGGCAGUCUUGUGGGGAACGGGUUCCACUGCUUCCAGGUCUAGGCUGCUGGACCCAGGAAUCGGCUCCCACUCCCAGAUCCUGCUGUGGCCCCCGCACCCUCUGCUCCCACAGUGGAGCCCUCCUGCUGCUUUGGUGCCUCAAAUAAACACAGAUGUUCCUG